AUGGCAUCAGGAGAAGGAAUUCAAGGAAAUGAACCACCACGAAAAUUGCAUAAAAAAGCCGCUGGAAUGAAAACUGAUGUGGCAUGGAAGUAUGAUGUUUCUGUUGAUGGGGAUGCAAGAAAAGUCAGGUGCAAAUUUUGUGAAAAGACAUUUACAGGAGGGGAUUAUCGUUUGAAACAUCAUUUAGCAGGAACAUCCAAAGAUGUUGGGGCAUGUAGAUCGGUACCUGAAGAUGUUAAAAAAGAAAUGUUGGGUAUUGUUUCAUCAUUGCAACAAAAUCUCCUAAAAAAAUCCGGUGACAUUGAAGGAAUAGGUAGUAGUUUUGCUGCUCAAUUAGAAGGUGGUGAUAUUGGUAGUCAAAAUCUUUUCAAGAGAAAAGUUAGCUCUCAAAUGACAAUCAACAAGAUCUUUAAGAAGGAUUUGAGGGAGGAAGCAUGUCAGGACAUUGCUCUAUUUUUUUAUUUGAAUGCUAUCCCUUUUAAUGCAGCCAAUAGUGAAGCAUAUAAGAAAAUGUUUGAAUCAGUUGCUCGACACGGUCCAGGAUUUGACCCACCAUCCUACCAUGAGAUUAGGGUAAAAUACUUAAAGUAUCAUGUCGAAAUGACCAAUCUUUCUUUAGAUGAUCAUAAAACUUAUUGGAAAAAAUUUGGAUGCACAAUAAUGACAGAUGGAUGGACAGAUAGGAGGAGGAGGACUAUAUUAAAUUUUUUAGUAAAUAGUCCACUUGGAACAAUUUUUUUGAAGUCUAUUGAUGCAUCCAAGAUAUGCAAGACAGCUGACAAAAUUUUCAAGAUGUUAGAUGAUGUAGUUGAAGAGGUUGGGGAAGAAAAUGUUGUUCAUAUUGUCACAGACAAUGCAGCAAAUUACAAGGCAGCUGGGGAAAUGUUGAUGAAGAAAAGGACUAAGUUGUAUUGGACACCUUGUGCAGCUCAUUGCAUUGACUUAAUGCUUGAAGAUUUUGAGAAAAAGAUACCACUUCAUAGUGAAACAAUUGCAAGUGGUAGAAGGAUCACGUCAUACAUCUAUGGUAGAACAAGUCUUAUUGCUUUAUUGCAUAAAUUUACUAAGGGGGGUGACUUGAUUAGACCUGGCUUGACUCGUUUUGCUACUUCCUACUUAACCUUGGGAUGCUUGAAUGAGAAUAAGGGUCCAUUAACUAGAAUGUUUACAUCUGAAGAAUGGAGUUCUAGUCAAUUAGCAAAGACCAAGGAUGGAAAGUUUAUAGAGAAUUUGGUUACAGAUAAGGGGUUUUGGAAAAAUGCUAUGAAUUGUAUGAGAGGUGCUUUUCCCUUGGUUAAAGUUUUGCGCUUAGUGGAUUCAGAUGAAAAGCCAGCCAUGGGGUUCAUUUAUGAAGAAAUGGAUCGAGCUAAAGAAAAGAUACAAGAUGCUUUUAGAGGAGAUGAGAGUAGCUACAUUCCCUUAUGGGAAAUUAUUGAUCAAAGAUGGGACAAACAAUUACAUAGGCCUUUGCAUGCUGCAGGUUACUACCUUAAUCCUAUACUACAUUAUGCUCCUAAUUUCAAGGUUGAUUGGGAAGUUAAGAGAGGAUUCAUUGAUUGCAUGGAAAAGAUUGUUGGAGACUUUGAAAUAAUAGGAAAAAUUGAUGAUCAACUUCAAGAUUUUAAGAAAAAAAAAGACCUUUUUGGUCAUCCUAUAGCUCAACGUGCUCUUAAUACCAAAAGUCCAGCAGAUUGGUGGGAAUCUUAUGGAGAUAAACAUCUAGAAUUGCAACAAUUUGCAAUUCGGGUUUUGAGUUUAACAUGUAGUUCAUCCGGCUGUGAGCGCAACUGGAGUGUCUUUGAAAGGGUCCAUACCAAGAAAAGAAAUCGUUUGUUGCAAAAGACCAUGAAUGAUGUAGUUUAUGUCAUGGCAAAUUCCAAAUUGAACAAGAAGCGAGUUAGAAAAGAAAAAAACUAUGGUAUUGAAGACCUUUCUUCCGAUGAUGAUUGGAUUGUGGAGGAAAAUGAUCAAAUUUCAGAUUUGAAUUCCUUGAAUGAAGACAUACUUGAAGUUGGACAAGAUAUUGGAACUAGUGGGGGUGGUGAUGCACUUGUGGACGAUUUGGAUGUUCCUCCUAUUGAAGAGUAUGAAUUAAUUGGAGUUGAAGUGGUGGGAGAUGCUAAUGCCAUUAAUGAGAAUGAAGAUAACAUAGAUGAUGGUUGUCAAGAAAAAAUUUAUGCUCUCCUAAAUGACUAG